GAGGUUCUUCCCGCGCACGCGCAGCCGGCCGGGCCUCGGGAGCGCGGAGUCGCGCGGCGGCGGCGGGAGGGAAGCUGCUGAGGUAAAGUUAGGGGGAGAGACAGACUCCGUCAGCGAAGCGAGAGCCGGGGAGGCUCAGCGGCCGCCAUUACUGAGCCGAGAGCGCCGGGGAGGCGGGACGGGGCCGCGGCCGCCAAGAGCGCGGAGGGCCGGCGAGUCUGGGAAGCCCGGCGGGGAGGAGAAGCCGCUGGCGAGGAGAGACCGUCCCGGGAAUGCUGCUACCCCCGCCGCCGCGGAGGAGCCGGAUCCCGACCGCGCGAGAUCCCUCAAGGAAGGACUCCUUGAAGGAGAUAGUUUAAAUGUGUGACUGCAAGGAAAUCCCUGCAAGUUAACCAUCUUCUUGCUUGGUACCUUGCUUCUAUCAGGGAUGAUGAUUCACCUAAUCCUGAAUAUGUAAGCUCUCACGGUGAUGGAGGAAACAAGAAAAACUGAAAAUUAAUCCUGGAGACGAGGAUAUACAAUUUUAAUUUGAAGAGUUUUUUUCAGAAUGAAAACCACAUUCAGUUACCUUGAUGAGUGCAGAAGGACGAGAAGAAAGUUAUGAUGGCUAAAAACAAAGAGCCUCGUCCUCCAUCCUAUGCUAUUAGUGUGGUUGGACUAUCUGGAACUGAAAAAGACAAAGGUAAUUGUGGAGUUGGAAAGUCAUGUUUGUGCAAUAGGUUUGUGCGUUCGAAAGCAGAUGAAUAUUAUCCUGAGCAUACCUCUGUGCUUAGCACAAUUGACUUUGGAGGACGAGUUGUUAAUAAUGAUCACUUUUUGUACUGGGGUGACGUAACACAAAGCGGUGAGGACGGAAUAGAAUGCAAAAUUCAUGUAAUUGAACAGACUGAGUUCAUUGAUGAUCAGACUUUCUUGCCUCAUCGGAGUACGAAUUUACAACCAUAUAUAAAACGGGCAGCUGCCUCCAAAUUGCAGUCAGCAGAAAAAUUAAUGUACAUUUGCACAGAUCAGCUAGGCUUGGAGCAAGACUUUGAGCAAAAACAAAUGCCUGAAGGGAAACUGAACAUAGAUGGCUUUUUAUUAUGCAUUGAUGUUAGCCAAGGAUGCAAUAGGAAAUUCGAUGAUCAACUUAAAUUUGUGAACAAUCUCUAUAUCCAGCUCUCAAAAUCUAAAAAACCUAUAAUAAUAGCAGCAACUAAAUGUGAUGAAUGUGUGGAUCAUUAUCUACGAGAGGUUCAGGCAUUUGCUUCAAAUAAAAAGAACCUUGUGGUAGUGGAAACAUCAGCAAGAUUCAAUAUCAAUGUUGAGACAUGUUUUACUGCACUGGUACAAAUGUUGGAUAAAACUCGUGGCAAACCUAAAAUAAUUCCGUAUCUGGAUGCCUAUAAGACACAAAGACAACUUGUUGUUACGGCAACAGAUAAAUUUGAAAAACUUGUACAAACUGUGAGAGACUAUCAUGCAACUUGGAAAAUUGUUAGUAAUAAACUGAAAAAUCAUCCUGAUUAUGAAGAGUACAUACAUUUGGAAGGAACAAAAAAGGCCAAAAAUACAUUUUCAAAACACAUAGAGCAGCUUAAACAGGAACAUAUAAGAAAAAGAAGAGAAGAAUAUAUUAAUACACUACCAAGAGCUUUUAACACAUUGCUGUCAAACCUUGAUGAGAUUGAACACCUGAACUGGUCAGAAGCCCUGAAGUUAAUGGAGAAAAGACCAGACUUCCAACUUUGCUUUAUUGUGUUAGAAAAAACACCGUGGGAUGAAACUGACCAUAUAGACAAAGUGAACGAUAGGAGGAUACCAUUUGACCUUCUCAGUACAUUAGAAGCUGAAAAAGUUUAUCAAAACCAUGUACAGCAUCUUACAUCUGAGAAGAGGAGGGUUGAAAUGAAGGAAAAGUUCAAAAAAACUCUUGAGAAAAUACAGUUCAUUUCACCUGGGCAGCCAUGGGAAGAAGUUAUGUGCUUUGUAAUGGAGGAUGAAGCGUUCAAAUAUAUCACUGAUGCGGACAGUAAAGAAGUAUAUAGCAGGCAUCAGAGGGAAAUAGUUGAAAAAGCCAAAGAGGAGUUUCAGGAAAUGCUUUUUGAACAUUCGGAACUGUUCUAUGACCUAGAUCUUAAUGCAACACCCAGUUCAGAUAAAAUGAGUGAAAUUCAUGCAGUUCUGAGUGAAGAGCCUAGAUACAAAGCUUUACAGAAACUUGCACCUGAUAGAGAAUCUCUUCUUCUUAAACACAUAGGAUUUGUUUAUCAUCCCACUAAAGAAACUUGUCUCAGUGGCCAAAAUUGCAUGGACAUUAAAGUAGAGCAAUUACUUGCCAAUAGUCUUUUGCAGCUUGACCAUGGUCGCUUAAAUUUGUACCAUGAUAGAGCCAAUAUUGAUAAAGUUAAUCUUUUCAUUUUGGGUAAAGAUGGUCUUGCGCAAGAGUUGGCAAAUGAGAUUCGGACACAAUCCACUGAUGAUGAAUAUGCCUUAGAUGGAAAAAUAUAUGAACUAGAUCUUAGGCCAGUUGAUGCAAAGUCACCUUACCUUUUAAGUCAGUUAUGGACCUCUGCCUUUAAACCACAUGGAUUUUUCUGUGUGUUUAACUCUAUUGAAUCUCUCAAUUUUAUUGGAGAAUGCAUUGGAAAAAUAAGGGCUGAAGCAUCUCAGAUAAGGAGAGACAAGUAUAUGGCUAGUCUUCCAUUUACGUUAAUAUUGGCUAAUCAGAGAGAUAGCAUUAGCAAAAACCUACCUAUUCUGAGACACCAAGGUCAGCAAUUAGCCAAUAAGUUGCAGUGUCCUUUUGUAGAUGUGCCUGCUGGUACAUAUCCACGUAAAUUUAAUGAAGCUCAAAUAAAGCAAGCUCUAAGGGGAGUGCUGGAAGCAGUUAAACACAAUUUGGAUGUUGUAAGCCCAGUUCCCACCAUUAAAGAUCUGUCAGAAGCUGACUUGAGAAUUGUGAUGUGUGCCAUGUGUGGAGAUCCAUUUAGUGUGGAUCUUAUUCUUUCACCCUUUCUUGAUUCUCACUCCUGUAGUGCUGCUCAGGCUGGCCAGAAUAACUCUUUAAUGCUUGAUAAAAUUAUAGGUGAAAAAAGGAGACGAAUACAGAUAACAAUAUUAUCAUACCAUUCUUCAAUUGGUGUAAGGAAAGAUGAACUAGUUCAUGGGUAUAUACUAGUUUAUUCUGCUAAAAGGAAGGCAUCCAUGGGAAUGCUUCGGGCAUUUCUUUCAGAAGUGCAGGACACUAUUCCUGUCCAAUUGGUGGCUGUAACUGAUAGCCAGGCAGAUUUUUUUGAGAAUGAAGCUAUCAAGGAAUUAAUGACUGAAGGAGAACAUAUAGCAACAGAGAUUACUGCUAAAUUUACAGCUUUAUAUUCUUUAUCUCAGUAUCAUCGUCAGACUGAGGUUUUCACAUUGUUCUUCAGUGAUGUAUUAGAGAAGAAAAACAUGAUUGAAAAUUCCUAUAUGUCUGAUAGCACCAGAGAAUCAACACAUACAAGUGAAGAUGUUUUCCUGCAGUCUCCCAGAGGAAAUUCUCUUGCGUAUAAUUACUACCCGGAUUCAGAAGAUGAUACGGAAGCACCACCCCCCUACAGCCCAAUUGGAGAUGAUGUGCAGUUGCUCCCGACACCUAGUGAUCGUUCAAAAAAUCGAUUAGACAUGGAAGGAAAUGAGUAUCCUGUUCAUAGCACACCACUCAACUGUCAUGACCAUGAGCGCAACCACAAAGUACCUCCUCCUAUAAAACCCAAGCCGCUUGUACCUAAGGCAAAUGUGAAAAAACUGGAUCCAAACCUUCUAAAAACAAUUGAGGCUGGCAUUGGUAAAAACCCAAGGAAACAAUCCUCUCGAGUGCCUUUGGCACCACCAGAAGAUUCAGACCAAUCCGAUAAUUAUGCAGAACCUAUUGACACUAUUUUUAAACACAGAGGUUUCACUGAUGAUAUCUAUGCAGUUCCAGAUGAUAGUCAGAAUCGUAUUAUUAAAAUUCGAAACUCAUUUGUUAUAAAUGCCCAAGGAGAUGAAGAAAAUGGAUUUUCUGAUAGAAUAUCAAAGAGUCAUGGGGAAAGAAGGCCAUCAAAAUACAAAUAUAAAUCCAAGACACUAUUUAGCAAAGCAAAAUCUUACUACAGGAGAACACAUUCAGAUGCAAGUGAUGAUGAGCCUUUUACCACAUCGAAAACAAAAAGAAAAGGAAGACAUCGUGGAAGUGAAGAAGAUCCCCUUCUGUCUCCAGUUGAAACCUGGAAAGGUGGCAUUGAUAACCCUGCUAUCACUUCAGAUCAAGAGUUAGAUGACAAAAAAAUGAAGAAGAAAACUCACAAAGUAAAAGAAGAUAAGAAGCAGAAAAAGAAAACUAAGGCAUUCAAUCCUCCAACCCGUAGAAACUGGGAAAGUAAUUACUUUGGGAUGCCCCUACAGGAUCUGGUUACACCUGAGAAGCCCAUACCACUGUUUGUUGAAAAAUGUGUGGAAUUUAUUGAAGAUACAGGGCUAUGCACUGAAGGCCUCUACCGUGUUAGUGGGAAUAAAACUGAUCAAGACAACAUUCAGAAGCAGUUUGAUCAAGAUCAUAAUAUCAACCUAGAAUCUAUGGAAGUGACAGUAAAUGCUGUGGCAGGGGCUCUUAAAGCUUUCUUUGCAGAUCUGCCAGAUCCUUUAAUACCUUAUUCUCUACAUCCAGAGUUGGUAGAAGCAUCAAAGAUCUUGGAUAAGACAGAACGACUGCAUGAGUUAAAAGAAAUUGUGAAGAAAUUCCAUCCUGUGAACUACGAUGUCUUCAAAUUUGUAAUAACUCAUCUAAACAGGGUUAGCCAGCAAAAUAGAACCAAUCUUAUGACUGCUGAUAACUUAUCAAUUUGUUUCUGGCCAACUUUGAUGAGACCUGAUUUCGAAAACCGGGAGUUCCUGUCUACCACCAAGAUUCACCAGUCGGUUAUAGAGACCUUCAUUCAACAGUGCCAGUUUUUCUUUUACAAUGGAGAGAUUGUAGAAACCUCCAACUCUGUGGCAUGUCAGCCACCACCAUCCAACACAGUGCAGAUGGUGGAACCAAUGGUACCACUUCAGUUACCACCACCAUUGCAACCUCAGCUGAUACAACCACAAUUACAAGCAGAUCCUCUUGGUAUUAUAUAAAUAGAAGAAGAUGCAGGCAGCCUGGCAUUGGACAGAAAAUAAAGCUAGACAUGCAUGUUUCAGGAUUCAGUAAUGUACUUCAUAUUUAUGAAAAAUAAUUCACAUCCAAACUGAUGGGACAUUUUUGUUACAACCCAUACUGUAUUUCUUCAUUCAUACACACUGCAGAUCAAAACCAUGGGAUAAGCAUGACUGGAGAGGUUUAAUUUUUAAAAACAAAAAUAGCUAUAAAGUACAAAGCUGCUGCUGCAUGAAACCUUAUCGCAAUCACUAUAUCAUUCCUGUGGCAGUUUGUCACAAUAUAUUGUGAAUAAAAUUUUUCUAUAGAAAUUUAAUGAUUUAAAAGAUCACAUUUAUGAUACAUUCAGUGCUUACAGCCUGCUUUAUGGCUGUUUUUGUUAUUGAAUGUGCUAUUUUUGUCAGCGUUAUUCACAUUCAGGCAUUCUGUGUAGACAACUGAAGCCCAGCUGUAGUUUAUUUUGUUACCUCCUGGCUACUUAUGCUGUAGUAUGCUUGGGAUGGUUUUUGAAAAAAUGCAAAAUGCACUGUUGAAAAUAUUACAAUCCUGCACCUUCCAUCUUUACUUAUAAGUAAACCUGUGGACAAUUUGUUGAACUUGCUUAUUAUUUCUUACAGCACAAUACCAAGGACAUGCUUGUUGUAAAAGUGAGUUUCAAAUAUUGUACAAAAAUUUUGAUGUCUCCUAGUUAUUUCCUUAUGUUCCAUUACUGAAUUAAACAUUUUGUAAUACUGUUAAUUCUGUAAACAGCUGCAUGUUUAAAAGAUCAUUGAUGGUCUUGUAAACUUAAUCUAAUAUAUUUUAGAUAUUUUAAUUUUUCCCACUUGGGAACACAUCUAGUGUGUAGAAAAUAGUUCAUGACAUUUUCAUACAAGGUUAUAUAACUUUUCAUACAUAAACAUGAAUUUUGUUGUAGUAAAAUUCUGUAAACCAAACAAUGUUUUAAUCUAGGACUUCAAUUUAAUCUAUUCUUUAAAUCUAUUUUUAUGCGGCCCUUUAAAGAUAUACAAAAAUGCAUUGCUAAUAUAUAGCAAUAAAUACUUUGGGUACUGACAAUUAACCUCUUUGGAGUGUAUAUAUAAAAUCACAAAUUUGUAUUCAUAUUUUUUCUGUGGUAUGUUGUACUAAAAAUUCAAAAUUACUGACUUUUUGCACCAUUUUUAAUUAUUACUUUUUUCUUUGACAUUGGUACCAAUUUUGCUUUAAAAGAGUGCUGCUUUUUAAAUUUUUUUUUUAAACAUUUAAUUGGUGGUAACUGUUUUAGAAGACUACACAUUGUAGCAGAAUUGAGGGGAGGCCAUAAGUAAAAAAUAUUUGUGAGACUUUUAGCAGUUUUUUUUAUUUCAUGCUCAAAUUAUAGCUUUUUGGUUUGGGGUCUGGAAAGGAAAAAAAUAAAUUUGGUUCACUCAGCUGCUAGGAUAUCUUAUGUGUAGUUUAAAAAAGCUUUAUGAUGGGUCACCGUUGUAAUCUUCAUUCAUAAUGAGAUUUUAAGAUCGUCUUCUAUGUAUUAUAGUAAAUAGAUGAUUUUGAGAAUUAAGGCUCUUAAGAGUUUUUGAUUUACUCCAUUUUCCUAAAAUAAAAAUUGCCUUUCCCAAUUAUGUCCUAGGUAUUGUACUUCUAAUUAUGACUUGGAUUAUCAUUCUAGAUUAAGAUGAUACCAUAAACAAGGCUGCUGUUGAAGUACAUGUAUAUGAUAAAUUAUCUUGAUAUUUGUGUUAUAUUCUUGCAAGUAAUUAUCUUUUCUAAGAAAACAAGAACAAAAAGCCCUAGUCCUGUCGCAAAGCAUACAGGAAUUGAUAAAGUACAAUAAUAAAGUCUGUCCUGUAAAUUGUAGUAUUCUUAACUUGUUUUACAUUACAUCUGUUGUCUACAUAGCUUUUAUUUAUAGGUGUCAGUCUAACAUUGGCAUGUUUAGCAAAGAAAAAUUAAACUUCAAGAGUUUUAUAAACUGUUUCUAGGUUGCUAAAGAAUUUAUUUUUCUACUAUAUAUGGUAUAGACAAAGCAUCAAACUGUACAGGAAACAAACCAAACUAUUUCUAUUGGAAGUAGGCUAAAAAGAAAACUAUAUUUAAAAGUUCUAGCUGGUAAAACAAUUUUCAGUCUUUGUGUUGUGAAUUUCAUUUUUAAUUUUCUGCCUCCUGCGUGGAAGUAUACGUUUAGUUGGCCAUGAUGUUAAAUUCAUCUUUGAUUACAAAAUUAUCUAUUUUUAUGUUACAAAUACAUUUCCACAACUCCAUUUCAAGUUAAGCUUAUUAUAGAUCAAAAAUAUUUGCAAUAUCAUCUGUUUUUAUGUAUUCUAUUACAACUGCAUCCCUUAUUCCAUAAUGAGUUGUUAAAAUGCCGCCCUUGUAUUUGGCCUGGUUAGAAAUUGUCAUUAACUCUUACUGAAAGGUUCAUUUAAAAAAAAAAAAAAAAAAAAGCUUGGCAUGACACACCUACUUGGUGACAUUGUCAGUAUUUCUUGUGUAGUCUUUAGAUCAGGGUUAGGCAACCUAUGGCACGCAUGCCGAAGGCAGCACACAAGCUGAUUUUCAGUGGCACUCACACUGCCCUGGUCCUGGCCACCUGUCCAGGGUCUCUGCAUUUUAAUUUAAUUUUAAA